AUGGAGAAGAUGGGUCGACGAAGAUCAACUGCACGCUGCCUUGUUAUUAUACUGUCUUUCUUUUUCCUUCUAAUUACCAAGAAUCAUGCACACAGGUCAUCACCUCCAGUCAAACUCCACGUAACUGAGCAACAUGUGGAGAUAGAUAACAGCAUUGUUAAAAUCACGUUGUCGAAUCCGGGUGGCAUGAUCACAAGCCUCGGGUACGAAAACGUCAACAAUGUACUUGAAUAUCGCCUCGAAGAAGGGCGAAGAGGUUACUAUGACAUCAUGUGGAGGAGGCCAGAUCGCAACGAAAGUAACUUGGAUACGCUCGACUGUACGAGCUUCAGAGUUGUAGCAGCAACCGAUGAUCAGGUUGAAGUUUCUUUUACAAAGACAUGGCAUCACUUCCUUGAUGGAAAAGUACCUCUCAAUAUUGAUAAGAGGUAUAUUGUCUUGCGUGGAUCUUCUGGUUUCUACUCGUACGCAAUUUUAAAGCAUAGGGCAGGAUGGCCCGAUCUAAACAUAGGCGAAGCAAGAAUCGUAUUCAAGCUUAGACAAGACAUGUUUCGUUACAUGGUAAUAUCUGACGAUAAGCAACGAGUCAUGCCAACAUCAAUGGAUAGGGAAGGAUGCCACAAUCUUGACUACAAGGAGGCUGUUCUGUUAACAAAUUCCAGCAAUCCUCUACUUAGAGGAGAGGUGGAUGAUAAGUAUCAGUACUCGUGCGACAACAAGGACAAUCGUGUUCACGGAUGGAUUAGUUCGAAACCUCACAUUGGGUUUUGGGUGAUAACGCCUAGUGAUGAGUUCCGAGCUGGUGGCCCUAUCAAACAAGAUCUUACUUCACAUGCUACCUCCACUUCCCUAGCUAUUUUCUUUAGCGCGCAUUAUGCUGGUCCAGAUUUUGGAGUUAGAUUGCGCAAUGGAGAGCGGUGGAAGAAGGUCUUCGGCCCUGUUUUCAUGUACCUCAACUCGGAUUCUACUAAUAACCCGAAUGCAAUUUGGGAAGACGCUAAGGGUCAGGCUGCACAAGAGACCAAGAAAUGGCCUUACGAUUUCCCAUUGUCACCAGAUUUUCCUCAUUCUAACCAACGUGGUGCCAUCUCUGGCCGACUAUUUGUAAACGACGGUGCAAUCACACUAGCAAAUUUGGCAUAUCUGGGAUUGGCUCAACCUGGAGAUGCUGGAUCUUGGCAAGAGAACACUAAGGGCUAUCAAUUUUGGACCCAAAGUGAUGAGAGGGGCAACUUCAGCAUCAAAGGUGUUAGAGCAGGCACUUACAAUUUGUACGCGUGGGUGCCAGGUGUCAUUGGAGACUACAAACACCAUGCUAACAUUACGAUCCGACCAGGAAGCCAAGUUGUAAUCGGAGAUAUUGUGUACAAUCCUCCAAGAAAUGGUCCGACUCUAUGGGAAAUUGGAAUCCCUGAUCGAACAGCAGCUGAGUUCUACGUUCCUGAUCCAACCCCUCACCUAGUCAACCGGCUAUACGUUAACCACACUGAAAAGUAUAGGCAAUAUGGUUUGUGGAACAGAUACACUGACUUAUAUCCUCUUCACGAUCUCAUUUACACCGUUGGAGUCAGCGACUAUCGUAGAGACUGGUUUUUCGCCCAUGUAAACAGGCGUGUGAAGGGAAGCUAUGUAGCAACGGCAUGGCAAGUCGUGUUCAACGUGAGACAUGUGAAAAUGAGAGGAAUUUACACACUUCGGGUAGCAUUGGCAUCUGCCAACUUUGCAGAAAUCCAAGUAUGGGUGAACAAGCACAAGGGCGUUGGCCCACAUUUCUCAACAGGAAUGAUUGGCGGAGACAAUGCAAUUGCUAGGCAUGGCAUUCAUGGCCUCUACAGAUUAUACAGUGUCAACAUUUCAGGAUCUCAACUGUUGGAAGGAAGAAACAAAAUAUAUCUUAGGCAAGCACGCGGAUACCUGCCAUUCCUCGGCGCUAUGUAUGACUACAUCCGCCUCGAAACCCCACCCCAUCCCUCAUAACAACGAUAUGUUGCAAAAUCGAAUUCAAAUGUGAAAAAUAAAUACUAUAAUGA